AUCAAAAUCCACCACCCUCCUCACCCAACCCACCCCACCCCACCCCCACUGUUGUUCUUUCUCUAAACAAUCUUUUAGAUUCAUUUCUUGAUGAAGGUAUGGUUGCUUCUCUUUUCCCCUUUUCUGCCUUGCUUCAUUAGACCAAGAGAAAGGCACCAAUCUUUGCUCACUUCACACAUCACAAUAACAUACUCAUAGUCCCCAAUCAUUCAACCCCAGAUUUUUUCUUCCUAUCUUUUUUUCCAUUUCCAGCUUUUCAGGACUUCAUAUCCCUUUACUUUUUAUUAAUUGGGAUUUCAAGAUUUUCCAAUCUUAGAAACCACAACUGGUCCAGAUCUUGUUCACAUUCCUAGCUUUGUGUUGGCCUGGUCUUCUCUCUCUCUCUAGACUCUAGAGAGAGAGAGAGAGAGAGAAAGAGUGGAUUCGCUUUUCUUGAUACCCCUCCAUCUUUGGGGAAGUAUUUUCGUUAAUUUUGAAAAGGUGGUCUUUUAAAGAUUCCUCAGGGUGGUUGGCUGUGGAGGCAAACAAAAGAAAAGGCUAUUCUGAUUCCAUUUACCCAAAACAAAAAUGCUUCUUCAUUUAACUUUCUUGAAUCCAUUGUAAAACACUCAACACCCCCUUCCCUUUUGAACAAGCACCCUUGAUAUUUGAUCUUGGUUUUGGUUUUGGGUUUUUGAAUUGGAGUUUAAUGAAGUGGGAAACAGCCAAUUCAUCAAGCUGGAUGAUGGAAGAUAGCUUAAAGAGCACAAUAUGGACUCCUGUUGAGAACAAGUUGUUUGAAAAUGCUCUUGCUAAGUUUGAUAAAGAUACGCCUGACCGCUGGCAGCGGGUGGCGGAGAUGGUGCCCGGGAAGACGGUGGCGGAUGUGAUGAAACAGUACAAGGAGUUAGAAGAUGAUGUUAGUAGUAUUGAAGCAGGGCUGUAUCCAAAAUAUGGAUACAAUUGCAGCACUUCUAGUUUCACUUUAGAAUGGGGAAACAAUAAUGAAUUUGAUGGGUUCCCAUAUAGGAAAAGGUCUGCGGCUGCUGCUGCGGCCGCCUCUGUCCCCAUGGCUUUGGUGGCAGCCGGGCGGCCGCUUGAACAAGAAAGGAAAAAGGGUGUUCCGUGGACUGAAGAAGAACACAAAUUGUUUCUAUUGGGGUUAAAAAAGUAUGGAAAAGGAGACUGGAGAAACAUUUCAAGAAAUUUUGUGGUGACAAGAACACCAACUCAGGUGGCAAGUCAUGCUCAGAAGUAUUUCAUCCGGCAACUUUCUGGUGGGAAAGAUAAAAGAAGAGCAAGCAUUCAUGAUAUAACCACUGUUAAUCUUAACGAAAACUCCGGCUCUUCAUCGGAAUAUAAAACAGCCGCUUUGCCGGAGCAAUGCAAAUUCCAGUGGAAUCAACCAAACAGUGAAAGCACCACCAUGGAUCUUAACCAAGCAUAUGGGAAUAUGUUCAUGUCUCCAACAUAUGGAGGGACCAUGUAUGGCGGAGGCGGUUUACAGAUUGGUGUACCCAAUAAUAUGGUUUUUCAGAUGCAAACCACCUAUCCUCUCUAAGGUUUUUGUGUCAUGGGUUUUAUUUUUCUUUUUUGCUUUGAAAUGGGUAGUUUAUGUUGGUUGUGUUCAUGAUGUUUUGAUAUUCUCUUGUGGUAUUAUCUAUAAGUUGUGAAUAUUUUUAGCCGUUGUUUAGCGUGGUUUUAGCUCUUCGGAAAAGGAUUAGAUUUUGGAUUAUUUAUGUAGGUUUUCGUCUCUGUGAAGUGGCACACACAGAUGCUUAAUACAGUUGUUAAUACAGUUGUGGUGCACAACAUGUAAUAGCAUCUGCGUGUCACUUUCAUUUAGAGCUUUUUGAGCAAGACGAUCUAUCUUAUUAGCAUAUAAUCCAAGAUUUUAUUUGUCA